AUGUCACCACUUGCCACUGUUGGUAUUAUUUCCAUUGGAGAGAUGGGUAUGGGUGUGGCAAAGUUGCUUAUUGCCCAUAAUUAUCGUGUUGUGACGAAUAUUGAAGGUCGAAGCCAAGAUACACACCAACGCGCUCAAAAAUCCAACAUUGAACUUCUUUCUACAGAUGCUUCCUUAGUUUCACAAUCGGACUACAUCCUCUCAAUUGUUCCACCUCGCGAUGCGCUAUCACUGGCAACUCGGAUUACUACCGCCUUUAACUCACUCUCUCCGCCGAAGUCAUCUCCCCUCUAUUAUCUCGACCUCAACGCCAUAGCCCCUGCUACUGCCCGCUCAGUUGCUUCUCACAUCAAUGCCACAUCACCGUCCAUCAAAUUUAUCGACGGUGGAAUUCUUGGUGGUGCUCCCAGACUCAAAACCGACACUACAACUCCCAAUACCACAGCAUCCGUUGAUCCAAACCAAGAGCACAAUUGGAGUCGUCCUUCAAUCCCCAUUUCCGGACCUCAUGAACUUUCCAAGGCUCCUAUAUCCGGUGCCCAUUUGGCAGAUCUCUUAAAUACUAAUUAUCUAGGUGAAGAGAUUGGUAAGGCAUCGGGUCUUAAAUGUUGUUUUGCCAGUACGACAAAAGGGUUUACUGCCUUAUGCAUUCAAGCAUUUACGUCGGCUCAAAGAUUGGGAGUUUUAGGAGAAUUGGAAAAGGAAAUGAGCGAGAGGGUACCUGGAUUAUGGAACUCGGUAGGUGGAGGAAUGACAGGUAUGCCACCAAAAGCUUAUAGAUGGAUAAGAGAAAUGGAGGAAAUUGAGAUGUGUCAUGGGGAAACCGGUUUUUCUGGGGGAGAGUCAACUAGCGGAAAGGAAGAGGAGGGAAAAGGAAUCUUCGGAGAAAUCGCCGACGUUUACCGAAUCGUAGCAAACGAAACCGUUCUCGGAGAAGAAAAAACCGAAAAGAGAAAAAGAGGAACCACGGUACAAGAUCUAGCUCAAUGCAUGACAGAGGGGUUGGCAAGCAAAAGAGCCAAGAAGGAGGAAUAA